UUAACCCCACCUUUCUCUCUCUCUCUCUCUCUCCCUCCAUCUUUCCAAUAUUAUUACACUUUACACCAUUAUUCUCCUCUAUCUCCGCCGCUUCCCCUCAAAUCUUCCCUUUACAAACACACCAUCAACGCCAACACAAAUAACAUAACUUUGAAACUUCAAACAAACAAUCAAAAUUCAUUCAACCAAUCCAACAAACACCUCACCUGCAAUGCCUACAUAAGCUCUUUUUACUUGUAAAGUUUGCCCCUUUUUUGUUUUCCUUCACUUUCUCCCUUGUUUUCCCAAGAAAAUGAACAAACCCAGUCUGGGGUUUUCUUUUUCUUCAUUUUCCCUUUUCCUCCUUUCUCUUUUCUCUUUAACUUCCUCAGUUUACUCUCAGUCUAGUCCAGAUGCUGCAGCCAUGCAAGCUCUUAAAACCAGCAUAGGCAAUCCGCCAAACUUGGGCUGGACCGACCCUAACCCGUGUAAGUGGGAACACGUUGACUGUUCGGACAAUCGGGUCACCAAGAUCCAAAUCGGUUCACAGAGCCUGAAAGGAACUCUCCCACCGGACCUCAGGAACUUAACGUCACUGACUGUUCUUGAGGUGAUGAAGAAUGAACUGAGUGGGCCUAUCCCAAGUCUUGCUGGGUUGAGUUCUCUGCAGGAAGUGCUUUUUAAUGACAACAAUUUUACAUAUUUCCCCCCUGAUUUCUUUUCUGGGUUAACUUCUUUGCAAACUAUAAGCCUUGAUUAUAAUUCCUUUGAGGUUUGGGAGAUUCCUGUGAGUUUAACAAAUGCAACGACUUUGCAGAAAUUUUCUGCAAACGGGGCUAAUGUUACAGGAACUAUUCCUGGGUUUCUGGGGGGAGAUGUAUUUCGAGGAUUAAAGAGUUUGAAUUUGGCUAUGAACAAUCUCCAUGGGCAACUUCCGGAGAGUUUUGCUGGGUCAGCAAUUGAGACACUUUUGUUGAAUAGCCAAAUCAGUGACACUAAGCUAAAUGGAUCAGUUUCUCUGCUACAAAGCAUGACUUCUUUGACUCAGGUUUUCCUUUAUUCGAACCAAUUUACGGGUCCUUUGCCAGAUUUAUCAGGGCUUACUGGCUUGAAGGACUUCAGCUUGAGAGAUAAUCAGUUGACGGGUAUUGUUCCUUCAUCUUUGGUUAAUCUUCCUGGACUUUCUACGGUCAAUUUGACUAAUAAUUUGCUUCAGGGUCCGACUCCAAAGUUUGAUACUUCUAAAAUUAGGGUGGAUAUGAGAACUGGGUCUAAUAGCUUUUGUUUAGACGAUCCUGGUUUUCCUUGUGCUAGUCAGGUUAAUAUUUUGUUAUCAAUUGCCGAAUCUGUGGGUUAUCCUGUGGUGUUUGCACAGAGUUGGAAAGGAAAUAAUCCUUGUGAUGCCUCUCAGAUAUGGAAGGGGAUUUCGUGUGAUAGUGGUGGAAGCAUCACGGUUGUUAAUUUCCAAAAUUUGGGGCUUACCGGCACUAUUUCUUCGAAUUUCUCUCAGCUUACAUCGUUGAGACAUUUGUUACUAUCUGGUAAUUCACUUACUGGUACUAUACCUAAUGAGCUUACAACUUUGUCUAAACUUGAGAAAUUAGAUGUGUCAAAUAAUCAUAUUUUUGGUAAAGUGCCGAAGUUUAGACAGAACGUGAUUGUUAACAUUCAUGGGAACCCUGAUAUUGGAAAAGAUAACAGUAGUUUCACGCCGGGAACACCACCAGGGGGUUCAUCUGGAACUCCUGGUACUCAUAGCGGAGAAACCAGUUCCUCAGGUAGUGGGAGUAAGAAUACUGGAAAAAUUGUUGGUUCUGUGAUUGGUGCUGUUUGUGGUGCGUUUAUUGUUGGAUUAGGUGUCUGUUUGUAUACCAGGAAACGAAAGCGUUCCAGUAGAGUACAGAGUCCGAAUACUGUGGUGAUACAUCCUCAGAAUGCAGGGGAUGGAAAUGGAGUUAAGAUUACAGUAACAAAUUCUAGUGUUAAUGGAGGUGGGAGUGACAGCCAUAGUCUCACGAGUAGUGGGCCUAGUGACAUUCAUGUGGUUGAGGCUGGAAAUAUGGUUAUCUCAAUCCAAGUUUUGAGGAAUGUAACUAACAACUUCAGUGAGGAAAAUAUAUUGGGAAGAGGUGGUUUUGGGACUGUGUAUAAAGGGGAAUUACAUGAUGGGACAAAGAUAGCAGUGAAGAGGAUGGAGGCUGGAAUUGUGAGUGAGAAGGGUUUGGCAGAGUUUAAGUCCGAGAUUGCAGUUCUUACCAAAGUUCGACACCGCCAUUUGGUAGCACUUCUUGGCUAUUGCUUAGAUGGAAAUGAGAGGCUUCUUGUUUAUGAGUAUAUGCCACAGGGGACCCUUAGUAGGCAUCUUUUCAACUGGAAGGAGGAGGGAUUGAAACCGCUUGAGUGGACUAGAAGGUUGACCAUUGCCUUGGAUGUUGCUAGAGGUGUUGAGUAUCUUCAUGGUUUAGCACAUCAAAGUUUUAUUCACAGAGAUCUGAAACCUUCCAACAUUCUUCUUGGAGAUGAUAUGCGGGCUAAAGUUGCAGACUUUGGAUUGGUUCGUCUUGCUCCAGAGAACGGAAAACAUUCAAUCGAGACAAGACUUGCUGGAACUUUUGGGUAUCUUGCUCCAGAGUAUGCAGUGACUGGACGUGUGACUACCAAGGUUGACGUGUUUAGCUUUGGAGUAAUUUUAAUGGAGUUAAUUUCGGGUAGAAAAGCCCUCGAUGAAACCCAGCCUGAGGAUAGUGUGCAUCUUGUCACAUGGUUCCGUAGAAUGCAUAUUAACAAGGACACAUUCCGAAAGGCCAUUGACCAAACAAUUGAACUGGACGAGGAAACCCUUGCCAGUGUAAGCACUGUGGCUGAGUUGGCUGGCCACUGCUGUGCAAGGGAGCCCUACCAGAGGCCUGAUAUGGGUCAUGUUGUAAAUGUGAUUUCAUCUCUAGCUGAGUUGUGGAAACCAGCAGAACCUGAUUCCGAUGACAUAUAUGGAAUUGAUCUUGACAUGACCUUGCCACAAGCACUAAAGAAGUGGCAGGCAUACGAGGGAAGUGGCAACAUGGGUGACUCUUCUUCAUCAUUCCUUGCCAGUGCGGACAAUACCCAGACUAGCAUACCUACUAGACCAUCCGGAUUUGCAGAAUCAUUUACUUCAGCUGAUGGACGAUGAAGGAAGAGGACAACAAAAUAUGGUAUCUCUCGAUGCUUUGAGAAGUCUGCUUUGUUCAUUCCAUUGACCUCUUGUUUUCUUCUUUUUGUGAGGUUGGUUCUAUAUUCCAAUAUUUUUCUGGAGAUGUUUUCUUCUCCGCUUUUUCUCUGUAGCUUAAAUGGUAGUUUUAUGUUUUCCCGGUGUUGAGAAUUUGUUAAAAUAUAAAUAGACCUACAGUCAAGCAAGAGUUGCUCUCUAAUGUUCAUCUUCUUAGUGCUUUAUUUACGAGUA